AUGUAAAAUAGUAAAUUAAAAUUUUUUAAAACUAUUUCAAUUGUGGAACUGUAUUUUAAAGGAACAUGCCUUUCAUUUUAUAACUCUUCUAUUUAAAAGUAUACAAUAAGUAAAUGGAGUGUUGAUUGUAAAUUUACAAAACAUGCAAAAAAAUUAAUUGUCAAUAUUUUUUGUUAGAAUGAAUAUUAAAAUGGAAAUUAUAAUAUUACUUUCAACUUACCAGAUUAAGUGAAUUAUAGUAGAAAAUCGAUUUAUGCUUUGCUUUCAAUAAUUGUUUUACUUUUAAUAAUAUUUUACAUUAAAGUUAAAGAUAGUUUGAGGAAAUUAAAGUAUCCUACUUUAGAAAUCGAGCUUUGA